AUGGAAAAAGUGGAAAGGGACAGUGGAACAUCAACAUGGAAGUUCCUCCUGCUGGGAAUGGGGAAUGUCCCCUCACUCCAGACACCACUCUUCCUCCUCUUGCUCAUGAUCUACUUGGUGACUGUAGUUGGGAACAUCCUCAUCAUUGUGCUGGUGGUGACAGACCAACACCGGCACACCCCCAUGUACUACUUUCUGGGCAGUCUCUCCUCCCUGGAGAACUGCUACAGCUCCACCAUCCUGCCCUGGCUACUGGCCAGCUUCCUGACUGGGGACAGGACCAUUUCUGCUCGGGGCUGCAUUGCACAACUACAUUUGUUUGGCUCUUUUGCAGCUAGUGAGUGCUACCUGCUGGCAGUCAUGUCCUAUGAUUGGUUCCUCCUCCUGGGAAUUAUGGAAACACAGGACCUGCAGGUCUUGAACUUCUUACUCUUCUUGAGCAUCUACCUGGCUGCCCUCAUGGGCAACAGCCUCAUCAUCACAGCCGUAACCUGCAACCACCGCCUCCACACCCCCAUGUACUUCUUCCUCCUCAACCUCUCCAUUCUUGACCUUGGCUCCAUCUCUACCACUGUCCCCAAAUCCAUGGCCAAUUCCUUCACUGGCACAUUUGCUCACCUGAAGCCCUCUUCAAUCUCCUCACUAGUUCUGGAUCUGGUGGUGGCUGUUCUGUACAUGGUGGUGCCUCCAGCAGCGAACCCCCUCAUCUACACCAUGAAGAACAAGGAGCUCAAAGAGGCGCUGAGCAAACUGAUUAAAUAUUUACAAGGUCAAUGCCAAUAA